AUGGCAGACAACAACGAAAGCACCGCCGCGCCCAACUUGCGCCGCCGCGAGUCCUUGUCCGAUAUUCGAGCUGCCAACCCCGACUUGGCACUGAGCGGUAACAUCAUCUCGGCCACCUUCAACACACCGCACUCUUUCGUCUACCGAAAAGGCGGUGAUUGGGACCUCAAGUCUCGUCGCGGUCAAUCCGCUCUGUUUGACUCCUUCGCAUACCUUUCUUCCGACGCUACGCCGUGGAACCACACCGUCGUGGCCUGGACCGGCGAAAUUGACGCUCCCACCGAUGACGUCGUUUCUUCACCUGGCACACCCGCCCCAAACACACUUGGUGCCACUUCUCUUAACGCGCUCUCCGCACCUGUUCCUAUUGAUGGCAACACGCGCCUACCGACUCCACCACCAGUCGAUGGUCUCUGGGUUCCCCGCCAGGACCAAGAUCGCCUCGAGUACCGUCUGUCUCACAACAAGACUAUCCGUACCUAUCCAGUCUGGCUCUCCGAUGAGUCUGAGGCUACAUCUGAGGGCAUCCUCCUCAAGGACCAGGCCCGCUGGCGACGAUAUGCCGAGCACGAUCUUUACACACUUCUUCAUUACAAGCAACAUGAGCCAACCGACGGCCGACGUGAGCGAGUCCAAUGGGCCGACUACUACCGCAUGAACCAAAAGUUCGCCAACAAGAUCAUCGAGAUUUACAAGCCUGGUGACAUUGUCAUCAUUCACGACUAUUUCCUGAUGUUGCUGCCCAGCAUGCUUCGACAGAGAGUACCUAACAUGUAUAUCUCUUUCUUCCUGCAUUCGCCAUUCCCCAGUAGCGAGUUUCUCCGCUGUCUGCCCCGCCGCAAGGAGGUUCUUGAGGGUGUUUUGGGCUCCAACCUCAUUGGAUUCCAAUCGUACAGCUACUCUCGCCACUUCCUGAGCUGCUGUACUCGGAUUCUUGGCUUUCCGUCCGACACACUCGGAAUUGAUGCCUAUGGAACUCGUGUACAGGUUGGAGUUUUCCCUAUUGGCAUUGAUGCUGCCAAGGUAGAGAGCUUUGCUUGGAGUGAUGCCGUGACCGAAAAGUGCAACGCCCUUCGCCAGCUGUACCACGGCAAGAAGAUCAUUGUCGGACGUGAUCGUCUCGAUAGUGUCAGAGGUGUCGCCCAAAAGCUGCAAGCAUUUGAGCGCUUCCUUGAGAUGUACCCCGAGUGGCGCGAGAAGGUGGUGCUCAUCCAGGUCACUUCACCUACUAGCGUCGAGGCUGAGAAGGAGGACCUGGAGGAUGACACAAAGGUUGCUACUCGUGUCAAUGAGCUCGUUAUGCGCAUCAACGGCAUGUACGGCAGUCUGGGCUUCUCUCCUGUCCAGCAUUACCCCCAGUAUCUCAGCCAGAAUGAGUACUUCGCUCUGCUGCGAGCUAGUGACAUCGGCCUUAUCACCUCCGUUCGUGACGGCAUGAACACAACAAGUCUGGAGUACAUUAUCUGCCAAAAGGAGAACAACGCUCCUCUUAUUCUGUCCGAGUUCAGUGGUACCGCCGGCAGCUUGAGGGAUGCUAUCCAUAUCAACCCCUGGGAUCUGAGCGGUGUUGCAGAGAAGAUCAACGCUGCUCUUACCAUGUCUGAGGAUAAGCGCCAGGAGAUGCAGUCCCACCUAUAUCGUCAUGUCACCGAGCACAACGUUCAGUCAUGGAUCACGAAGUUCAUCCGCAAGGUUUACAAUGUCCUUGGCGAUACUAGCUCUGCAAACUCAACUCCUCUGCUUGACCGUGCUCUUCUUCUGACCCAGUACCGCUCGGCCAACAGACGCCUCUUCAUGUUCGAUUAUGACGGUACUCUGACGCCCAUUGUGCGCGAGCCUAGCGCUGCAGUGCCUUCGGAGCGCCUAAUCCACACCCUCGAUCUUCUGGCUGCUGACCCCAAGAAUGCUGUCUGGAUCAUUUCAGGACGAGACCAAGAGUUUUUGAAACAGCACCUUGGCAACAACACACGACUUGGAUUCUCAGCCGAGCAUGGUAGUUUUAUGAAGCACCCUGGAUCCGACGAGUGGGAGAACCUUGCAGAGACAUUCGAUAUGGGAUGGCAAGCUGAGGUGAUAGAAGUCUUCCAGAAAUACACGGACAAGGUUCAAGGUUCUUUCAUCGAGCGAAAGCGAUGCGCUUUGACCUGGCACUAUAGACUGGCAGACCCCGAGCAAGGCAUUCACAUGUCGCGAGAGUGUCACAAGGAACUUGAAUCUACUGUUGGCGCCAAGUGGGAUGUUGAGGUGAUGCCUGGCAAGGCCAACAUCGAAGUCCGUCCUACAUUCAUCAACAAGGGCGAGAUUGCGAAGCGCCUUAUCACUAUGUACCACACCCCUGGUACUGCCAAGUCUGACAAUGAGUCGGACACUGGACACCUCGAGUUUGCGCUGUGCAUGGGUGACGACUUCACUGACGAGGACAUGUUCCGCAGCCUGAAUGCCGCGUCAGGUCCUGUUCUGGACACCAACCAUGUCUUUACAGUCACCGUCGGUGCGAGUACUAAGGUCACUCUAGCAAAGUCACAUCUCUUGGAACCGGAGGACGUGAUUGAGUGUGUUGCUCUACUGGCAGGCGUCCAGGAUGCCGGAGAGCGACUUGGUGAGGUCAACCUUGGCGCGCUGAGCGCUGUGGAGGGACGUAUUCCCGCCGAGGAGGUGUAA